AUGGAGACUGCAGGAAAACCGGACAACAAGGAGACUGCUUUCUCUUUGCAAAUCACACAGCAAGACAUCCUGAACUUUGAGAAGUCCUACAAGAACUGUGAGGAUGAGAAGCAUGAUCUGAUGCGGGUCUAUGUGGAGCACAAAGGCGACAUGGACAGGAUCAUGGAGAACGUGCUGUGUGCCACCCUGGAGGAUGAGACACAGAUCAGAGCCAUCCUCAAGAGUGCCAUCUGCUCCAAGGGGCUGCAGGCUCACAAGGCUUUCACCAACGCAAGGUGUGUGAACUAA